AUGGCAGUCGGGUGGAUCAUGGGUGCAUGGUACCACCUAAAACUCACUGAACUUGAUCGAAACUACAUGUAUGCUACGAUUACCGUAUGGUGCUUUGAUCGGUUAAUGCGUAUAGUACGCAUCAUAUAUUCUGGAGUGAAAUCAAAUGCGGAUGUGAGAUUUCAUGAGGGAGAUGUUGUCACCUUAAAGAUGAACUAUUCAAACCGUUGGAAACACUACCCGGGAUGUUUUGUGUUCAUUUACAUUUUGCGUCCAAAUAGAUUUUGGGAGUCGCAUCCAUUUACUGUCAUGGUCCCUCCGAAACCAGUAGAAAGUAACAAACUGCAAAUCACCUUCAAAGUCAAGAAUGGUUUAACAAAGCACACAAAGGAUUUCUUAUUUUCAUCAUGCGGAGAAGAAUUAUCAGCCAACAUACCCAUUCUCAUAGAGGGCCCAUACGGCCGCUACCACAACCUUCAUCUCUAUGACAGUGUUGUAUUAAUCGCUGGAGGGAUAGGGGUCACUAGCACCUAUUCCUAUGCCUAUGAUCUUAUCAAAAAUUGCUCUAAUGAAAAACAAAGAAUUACAUUCAUCUGGUACAUGCAUGACCGAACUCCUUUGGACUGGUUUUCGGAGGAGCUUGACUUAUUACGCAGUGAUUCACGGGUGACGGUUAGGAUUUUUGUAAAGUAUAAAGAGCUUGCAUCGGCUUCCAGGUAUGUGGAUGAUUCUAACUCUGGCCUGGGCGAAAAAUAUUUUACUGUCGUUUCCCAAGAAAUAACCGCUACAUCUAGUGAUAAAACUGAAGUGGCUACACUAGUAUCAGAGGCAGUAUCCCGAGGUGAUCCCAGAAUAGCCUUCUUAUCUUGUGGACCGGGACGAAUGAACGAUGAUAUUCGAUUCACAAUAUCUAAAAGUUUAUCUUCCUCGAAAUCAAGAGUGGAUUAUUUUGAAGAGUCAUUUUCUUGGUAG